UUAUUAUUAUGUAAUAACACUACGCUGAGAUAAAUCGAAGUAAUUCAGCUUUACUCAGAAAGAUGAUAUAUAUCAACUCUCAUACUACUAAUCUCAAUAAAUAAAAGCUUGUAAAAUCAUACAAGGAAAUAUCUCACGUUUUCAAAAACAACAAAUAGUUGCACACUGAAAGAGACCGAGUGCAGGACGAAAAUGAAGUAAGGAUAUCAUACAUAAAUAAAUUAGAAAAUAGUGGCCAGACUCUAAGCAACAAAAUCUUAUUAUGAAAGAGAUGGUUAGCUAAUUAAAGCUUAAAAGUAUAUAGCAUGUCGAAACAAUAUAUCAUAAAAUGCAAGUAAUAAAAAUUAUAAGAUCAGGACGAACGGCGUAUCAGGACUUUUGUGAUGAAUCGUAUGGGCUAACAAAGAUAUCGUUUUCCAAGCAAUACUGA